UCGAUCGCUGAACGAAAAAGCGGAAGAAGAAGUAGAUACGGAUCGCGAGGAGGGCUCCGCGGAAUCGUCCCGAGGUGAAAUUUUUUCCAUGGCGACUGACCAGAAGAAGCUUCCCAAUUCCAGGGAUGCCUCGACGAUUCCUCCGCGUUCCCAUCAAAGCCAAGACGGGAGCAAAAAGAAGAAAAAGAAGCAACGCCGGCUCAAACGCGACGAUCAAGUGUCUCACCCGAGCUGCUUGGCGCAGGAGUCCACCACGCCUUCGCAGCAGUCGUCGACGGCGUCGGUGUCGUCGAGCGCGACACUGACGCCGGUCGUCAGCGUGUCGCCCAAGACAACCGACUGGACACCGUCCGCCUCCGGAAGCGAAUCGGUCAGCACCGCGGCUUGUGAGCCCGCCUGGCUGGUACCAAAAGAAGGGGCAGACGUUGCCACCGUCAACGUCUCGUCGCCGUUGCAACAAAAGAGCGCCACGGAGGGCAAGAGCGCUGCUUCGGCCCGAGAACUUGUUGACCCGCGGCCCGCAGCAAAGCCAGAGCGGCUGCAGUCAGAACCCUCCUUCGGCGCCACGGCGCCGCCCGGUGCUCACCCAUGGAGCCUCCGAUCCUCCUCCCGUGUCUGGGGAGGGAGCCUAUUCGACCUGUCCCCAAGCACCAAGAUGGACGAGACCACCCUGGUGAUCGGAUCGCGCGCAAGCGCGCCCGAGCUCCUCGACACGUGGUCAGCAUCGCCCUGGAUGGAACCACGCAGUUGCGGUGUUGCCUCUAAGGAUUCAGCCACGGCGCCGUACCCGAUGCGUCAGUCGUUCAGCGCGACCACGUCACGGCCCGCAAGAAUAACGAUGCCGUCGUGGCUCUUUCCAAGAGUUCGAGGCCGCGAAACGCCAGGCGGCUCGUCGGUGCCGUCAGCAAUGCCUCCGUUGACGGGACAACGGCCCUACGGUGUGGGCACAGAAUCCGGCGGUGCUCGGAGCAAUCUGCAGGUGCCGUACACUCCUACUCUGAUGUCGACGGGCGCCUCGACUCAUCCGAAGAAUGCCGAAAGCCGUAUCGCCGGAAGGAAAGACAACCGUUCGCUGAGCUUUUGCCAACUGGAUGGCGAUCGAGACGUCGUGAGUGUACAUAGACAGCUUCCCGACGCUGUCGUCGCAGAUCCUUCUGUCGGAGUCACUUCGAACAAAACAGUGGUCAUCGCCGCAGGGUUCGGCCUGUUCUGGGUGUCGUUCAUCGUCGUGCUGCUCCUCCUGUGGGAGCAUCGCUUAGUGGAGCACAGCCGGGACCCAAUGUGCCGAACGGAAGACUGCGUUCGACACGCCGAGCUUCUCGCCAACAUCAUCGCCACCUCGAGCGUGGAUCCCUGCGAAGACUUCGCAGCGUACGUCUGCUCCUCCCCGUCGGCCGCCGGCCUUGUUUCCAGCGACAACCACCACGCGUCCGCCAUGGACGCCGCAAUCUACAGCUGGUACAGCGGACUCGGAGAAAUGCUACACGUCGGUUCUGCCUCGGUGCCAUUCGGUCGCAAGCCGCUCGAGAUGUACGAGUCCUGUUCGGAAGGCGUUUCGGGGCUCGACUCCGACCCGGUCGAGUUCCUGCGUUUCGUGAACGAGGCGGGGCUGAGUUGGCCCGACGAGCCGUCGAAGGGCGCGGACGCCCUCUCCGUGUUCGUGUCGCACGCUUUUUAUUACGAAGCUCCCGCCUGGUUCUCGGUGGCGAUUUCGGAAUCGACAAAUCGCAGCGACUGGCGACUGGUCUUUUCGCCUAGUCGUCACCUGCCGGGCAUGUUGGAGCAGCACGAACGCGUCUUCAGGAGCGGCUCUCCCGUACGUCACUACAGAAACACUUUUCGAGCCAUCGGAGGCGGCGAUGUGGGCCCUUGGAACGAAGAACUCAUCAACGAGAUGGCCACGAUGGAGCGCGACGUGUUGUGGAAGCUCUUCGGAGCUGUAUCGAGUCCGCGUAAGGCGUCGGCGCUCAUAUCGCUCGAAGAGUUCGACAACUACACCCCCUCCAUUUCCUGCUCGAGCUGGCUGAGGGCACUGAGGCAAAGCCUCCCGCUGCGUCCGACGUUGGCCACCGAGGUGUACCUAACCGACGUGACGUACAUAAAAACCGUGGGCGAGCUUUUUGCCAAGUACGACGACCAACGACUUUUGCGGCAUCUUUCUUGGCUUUUCGUACAGCGGUAUGCUGCAGUCGUAAAUGUCAGCGUGCUCGUCGAUGGCUACAUGGACUACGAAGCUGCGAAAGCAGCCCGCCACCAAUUCUGCGGCUUCAACGUGGAAGUGUCUUACAAUCUGUUACUUUCCGUGCUGUACUUUGUCUUGAGAAUUUCAAACUUCGACAAGGCUUCGAUUGACGCCACCUUCGACUCCCUGACUGCGGCAGCCAGGCAUUUGGUCAUUAAGUCGAGCUGGCUGGACUCGGAGAGCAAAUGUGUGGCCGCAGAAAAGCUAAGGGCCGUUAAAAUGGGCAUCUGGCCCAACAAGGCACUUUUGAAGCCUAAAACAUUGGAAACCAUCUACGGCGACUUUCCGGAGGACCAGGGUUCGUUCACCGCUUACUGGACCGAGACGAGAAGGAAACUGCGUGAAGCGAAGCAGGACGUGUUGUACCACCGAUUCGCGAAUCGGCCGAUGAAUGCCGCAGAACCGUACCUGACAUACGAAGCUAUCGCGAACAGCGUACUAAUCGCCACCGGUGCCGUUGCCAAGCCGCUGUAUUAUAGCAACGGUACGAAAGGCAUGAUGUACGGAGGCAUCGGCUUCUUGAUGAUGUUAGAAAUCGUCAAGUCGCUGGACAUCAGUGGUUUGCGCUGGCAUCCGAAUGGUAGCGUCGUGGAUUCCAUACUCUCCGAGGCAUCUAUGGAGAAGUUCGAUAUCCGCGACUCUUGCCGCGUUGGAGGAGAGAACGUGAGCGUCUUUCCGGAAGUUCCAGCUUUGGAAGUCGCUUACUCCGCGCUUCAAGAGGCGCUGACGAGGGACCGACGCCGGUUUAGAAUCUCCGAGAACAUCACCGAAGAGAGGGCGUUCUUCCUAACCCUUUGUCUUAUGACGUGUCGCCGGAAACGCCUAGUCAGCACUGCCAGAGCCGACUGCAACAAGGCCGUGCGAUAUUUUCGCCUGUUUGCGAAAGCGUUCUCCUGCCCCCUCGGUUCGAACAUGAAUCCGCGCACCAAGUGCAAGUUCUUUGCCUGAUCGACACAACGCUGCUGACGUGCCCAGACAUAGACCGGCAGUAUUUCUUUUUUAACAUCCCUCUUGUUCUCCCAUUCGGUUUCAUUUUUUCACUCUCCGUAAGACAACGUGUAUAGCUGUCGCUUUGUUUCCGUAAAUCGUUAUGAGCUUCUUAGCCCGCUGAUAUUUGUGAGAUUUGGUGGAAACGGGAUCUUUCGACUUUAUAUCAUUGAUGUGCGUUGAACCGGCUUGAACUACACGCAGUGCUUUCGCUUGAUGCGGCGCGUGAGGAUGUCGACGAGGAAUUCGUUUCGUUCUACAAGACUGUCCUGCCCGUGUUACUGUUGUGCAUGUGUACACGCCGAGUACCACGCAUUUUCACGUUCACCUGCGUCAUUUGCCGGCGGAUGUCCUAGCGCCUCUUCAAUUAUCCGGAGGAGGCAACUAUAGGCAGCGCGUAACAUCGGACGCCGAAAAGUUCUGUGGCUUAAUUGCCCCACUAGUCUGUCUGUCGGAAGAGCACCCUCGAAACGACUGCUGUUCCCUUAUAGCAUAGAUUUUCCAGAACUACUCUAUGACCGCUUAUCACGUGUCAGGUUACACAUCCGUUGAUAGUGUAAUUGACGUUGAUGAAGAAAUGCAGUGUCUUCAACUAA